ACGCGCGGGAGGGCGGAAGCGCGCGCGCGGCGCGGCGCUGGAAGAUGGCGGCCGCCGGGCAGCUGUGGGCCGGCCUCUGCCUGGCGCUGGUGGCCGGCGCGGUGGCGCUGGGCAGGCAGAGCCCGGUGAAGGUGCUGUCGGACGAGAUGUGGCGGGAGCUGCUGCAGGGCGAGUGGAUGGUGGAGUUCUACGCCCCGUGGUGUCCUGCCUGCCAGAGCCUGCAGCCAGAGUGGGAGAAGUUCGCGGAGUGGGGAGAAGACCUGGAGGUGAACAUCGCCAAAGUGGAUGUCACGGAGCAGCCGGGAUUAAGUGGAAGAUUUGUCAUAACAGCCCUUCCCACUAUCUAUCACUGUAAGGAUGGACAGUUCAGGAGAUACCAGGGUGCAAGAACUAAAACUGAUUUCAUCAAUUUCAUCAGUGACCAGGAGUGGAAAUCUAUUGAACCAGUUUCAUCAUGGUUUGGGCCUUCCUCUUUCCUGAUGAGCAGCAUGUCAGCUCUGUUUCAGUUGUCCAUGUGGAUCAGGCACUGCCAUGGUUACUUAACAGAGAAUGUUGGGAUACCAGUCUGGGGCUCCUAUGCUGUUUUUGCCUUGGCAACUCUGUUCUCAGGACUGAUCCUUGGACUUAUGAUGGUCUUCCUAGCAGACUGUAUCUGUCCAUCCAAGAGGCACAGGCCUCCACAGUACCCUCACUCAAGAAAGCUAGCUCCAGAGUCAGCUCAACUGCUGAAAAAGUUGGACGAAGAGCAGGAAGCAGAUGAGGAAGAUCUCUCAGAUGAUGAAGCAGAGGGCAAAGAGGCAUCCGACAGAAACUCGUCACCGAAUGCUGUCAGGCAGCGCCCAGUGAACGCCGCUGCAGAUAAAUCUUAGCUGUGUUUGCACAUAGGAGUAGUGUUAUGAGUCACCAACUCAAAAGGAGGUAGAUCAAAUCCUUCAGCUUGAAGAGAAGAGCAACUCCUGUUGUGAUGAUAUUGAUGCAUUUCAUGAGUUCAGGACACACACAAAAGGAAAGCAGGAAUCAGGUAUUCCAAACUUAAAUCAUGCUGUCGCAAACGGCUGGAACUUCUCCUGGCAGUGUGCAGAGAAGUGCCAAGAAGUAAUUGAUGUAGCUUCUUGAACGACUUGUUCUAUAGGAAUUUUUUUUUUUUUUUAACAGGAUGUAAAACAGUGUUAAGGGAACAAUAACAAGGAAAAUGCACUAACUUUGUGCUGUUAAAGCAUUCAGAAAGGUUUCUCAGUAUAAAUCCUACCUAGCUGUGCUCGGAAGAAAUGCUGGGGGGGUGGGGGAAAUUCCUUCAGUUACGGGACACACUCCAGGCUUUUGAUGUGAUAACUGCUUUCUGCUAUGACAAUGAGUGCUGCAACACCCCUCCCCCCCGCCAUCCUUCUUCCAGAGAGAUGAAAGUUGCUGUCCUCAUUUAGAGGAGCAGAAGCUGCCAUAUGGACAGAGAGCUUGUCCUGGCCAUCCUCCCAGAUGGAAGUUCCCACAAGUGCUUUGUGUGGUGUGGGUUCUCUGGCUGACCAGAAACCUGCUCUUUGCAUUGAUUUUUGUUGUUGUUUAAAGAAGGCUUCAGACAACUUGGCAGAGUUAAUUCUCUAGAAAAAUAACAAAACAAACCAGCAAGUAGCACUCUGUGAUCUUGUUUGUCUCCAUGACUCCAGUGGAAAUAGUUUACACACAAGGUUCUCUGCUGACUUCAGAACCAUUUAUCCUGCUUCAUGGCUGUAGGACUCUGCUCAUUUUUAGUACAUCAGCAGUAAUUUCUCUUCAGUCAGAUUUUUACUUCAAAUACAGCCAGGCUGUACCUGCUUUGAGGGUAAAUCUCAUUCAUCAUUUCUUCAUCAAUUCUUUAACACAAAGUUGAUUUUCCGUUUUCUCAAAAUGUCUGGAAACAACCUCCCCCACAGAUCUUCUUUUACAAACCUCCAUGGUCUGCUGUGUUUUGUAUGGGAUCUGGGUAGAAAUAAAAAGGAUGCACAUUGGGAUUGUUGUUAUCCUGCAUCAUUUGUCCAGAAUUCUCCCUAUUCCUUCAGUUAAUUCAAGGAAGAUUUGCCAGGCAAGAAGGGUCAGCCCAUAGCUGAGCACAUUUAGGGCUUUUAAUAAGUCUCUUCAAUUUUAUUUUCUUUUUUAGUUUUCUAGUUUGUGGCUCUUCAGUGUUGUGGUUUUUUGUUGGUUUUGGGUUUUUUAUUUGUUUAUCUGAGUAGUUUUGCAGGGCUGGCAGUUGAUAAAUCCAUGACCAUAGUAAACAUCAUCACGAGUAAUUAAGACCACAAGCAUAGAUAUGGUUUUGAUGAUGUUUUUGCAUUCUAAAGCCAAGUUCUUCUAGUGAUUAUGAAGACAGAGCAUCAGAUGAGCUAAUAAUGAAUCCUGUAGGAACUGAAAGAACUAUUGGGAAAAACAAUACUCGAAGCUCUUGCAGGUGAAAUCAGGUUGUAAGGAUAUUAAGAUUCUACAAUGGGUUUUGUCAGUUGUGACUGCUGAUUUCUGAGGUGCAUUUUAAGUAUCUGCUUAUAAUUCAUCAUGUUAUGGAUGGAAAAUGUUUCACUCAAAUUUGAGAGUGAAUCUUGCAAAAAAUGCUUGGGUGAGUAAGAAUGAAUCAUGUAGGAUGACCUGGAGCUUCAUCCUUUUGACUUUCUGAGGACAGCUGCUGUGGAAUGAGUUACAACUUCAGUGCUGGGUUAUAUUAGGAAUAAAAAACUGAUGGUCAAAAGGAUCCUUUUGGUUUAAAUCUUGAGUUUUUAACUACCAAUUUUAUCCUAGCGUUGGAAUGAAGUCUGUUGUGUGCUGUAAAUGCCCUUCAAGUGUCAGUCUUGUGGGACUUGCCUUAAAUUCUCUACAAGUUUAGUUCUUAACCUUUGUCACUAGUGAAACAAAGCAAUAAAUCUGUGCUGUCCUGAGGAGAGGGAACAGAGCUGCCUUUGACAAAUAGUGCAGCCUGUUGGUUUAGAGAGGGUUUGAGGAGAGAGAAAUGCUGUUGUGUGCUGGACUGUUUUAAAAGUUGAACUGUCUGGGCUUACUGUGGAAUAUAUUUAACUGUAGCUGUUACAAAGUUUUCUAAGUUUUCAAUUACUUUCAAACUCUUUGUGCAAUAUAGAGAGUGUAGAACAAAAGCUUUUUUGUUUUAGAAGAAACGACCUUAUUGUUUAAUUGCUGGACUUAGACCCCUGGUUUAACAACUCCUAGCACUAAUUUACCUUGCUUUCUUCACACCCACCAUUUCUUACUGCCUCCUGCUUUAGGCAAGGAACCAAAUUCCAUAACCACCUCAAGAUUUAGCCUCUUUUUGUUCCCCAGUUUCUGGAAUCCAGCCCCUCUGCCAGGCUUGUGAUCAGUGUAACUUCAAGUUUUAUUUUGCUGAUCUGUAAGAAGCCUGUUUGAUCUCUGUAAGUCUUCCUAUUUUUAAUAAUGUUUUGGGGUUGUCCUGUAGAUAUUUAAGUUUCUGGUUUUAAUUCUAUAUUCCAAAGAUGUUUGAGGCUGAGUGAGGGUUGUGAUACAAUGAAUGUCUUAAGAGCCUGUCCUUUGUGUGUAUUGAUGAUGCUUGAAUAUCAGUUUUGUACAAGGCAAACUGCCCUUUUAUCAUCACCCUGACCAAGCAUGUCCAGUUUAAUUACAAAAGGAAUUAAUUAACUGUAAUAAUAUUUUUUUCAAUGUUUCAGUGAGUCUUCAAGUAAAAAAUAACCAUCAGCUUUG